UCGCCUAGUGACAAUCGCAAUCGAGUUUUGGACAUUUUCUGUCUCUCUUUCUCGAUUGUGAUUCCCUUCUGGUAAAUCGAAACUACUUAGUUUGAAAGAUAAGGCCGUGGGUUGCAGGAGGUCUCUCGACUUCCUCUUCAGCCGUAAGCAACAUUUCUCGUAACUUGCGGUUGGUUUCUUGUCAGCAUUUUUUUUGCAGGGCAGGGUGACGGUUGCUACAAGAUCCAGUGCUGAACCGACACGAGCUGGGCGAAUAUGAGCGAAUGUGGGCUUUGCCUGAGAUCAGGAGAAAGCCGGGAAACAGGAAAACUAUUUACCGAUGGUCCAAUCGCAGCGCAUCAGAACUGCCUGCUUUAUUCUUCAAAUCUAGUCAGUCAUGAUUCAGAUUUUGAAGAUUUUGGUGGAUUUCUUGUUGAAGAUAUCAAAAAAGAAAUUAAAAGAGGAAGCAAGUUGAAGUGCUCUUCAUGCAGGAAGAAAGGCGCCACUGUUGGAUGUGAAGUGAAAAUGUGUAGAAGAUCCUAUCACUAUCCAUGUGCUAUACAUGAUGAGGCAGCAGUUAUUGAAGACAAUACUCAGGGUAUUUACAGAAUUUAUUGUAAAGCGCAUAAAAAAGCUAUGGAAAAUCCAUCACUCUAUGGAAACUCCCACAGUAAUAAUGCUGGCAGUGAUACAGAUGAUGACAUUGUUACUGUUGAGGAGAAUAAUCUUCCUGCAGCCUCUAAUCACAGGAAAUCUCAACCAGGACCAUCAACGAAUGAUAAUUGGAGAACAACUACUGUGCGAAAGAGGGUAUUCAGUUCUGACACAGAUGAAAGUGAUGACUUGCCAAUAUUUACUGGCUUCUAUGUAAAAACUCCCGUUCAAUCUCAAGAUGAAGCAAAACAAAGGAAGCUUGAAAAUGAUGAUCAAAUGCAGGACAAGGAGAGACGCUCUCAGUCUGAUACUGUUGCAGAAAAUGAGACUGACCCUUCAAAUGAGCACUCGCCCUCCUUGUUCCGUGAAGUCGGUCUUCAGAGCGGUCAAGGUAGAACUCAGUUGAAUGAGAGCAAUAGUACCAGGAAUGUACACCUUGAUUCUCGUGCCAUCUCAGAUGAAAAUGAGCCAAACGAUGCAAACUGCAGUGAUGCAAGCACAAAUUUAGACCAACAGCAAGAAGGCCAAGAGGAAAUUGUAGACGUCCAGCAAGAAGUCCGAAGGCAGAUGACAGAAGACACCCCAUGUACAAGCAGAAAUCUGUGUUCGACAGGACAAGCAAACACAUUCUGGAAGAAAUGCAAGGAAGCUAAGUGCGUGGAGAUGAUCUUUAAGAAAAUGCAGAAUGAUCUGAAUGCCAUUCAGCAAAAUAUAAUUAAUGGAAGUGCCACAGAUAAAGAGUAUGACAAUGCGUGGACAAUAUUUUUGACUUUGGAUUCACUUCAAGUAUUGGAAGAAUUCCAAUCUGAAACACUUCAAAAACUGCAACUUCUUGAAAAAGAAAAAUCAUCUUUAAAAAUAAAAGAGUGUCUUGUUCAAGAGAUGAGAAAGAUAGCUGGAUCGCUGAAUCAUAAAUCUCACAGAGAAAAGUGAUUGCUCUAAGUUUACCUCAAUGCAACUGUCUCCCGUAUUGAAGCUGUACUCAUUGGAAGUUGUGAGCUUUUGCACAUUAGCAACAAGCAGCAUAUCAUCAAAUGGAGAAUGUAGAUGUUCUAGGCCAAUCGAGUUCCAAGUAACAUGAGGGAGAACUUUUAUCUGUUAUUGCCCGGUGAAUUCAAGCCAGUGUGGGAUAGAUGUGAGGUAGUCAAGUUAUCAUCCUGCUUAUUUUCCUGGGGACUUUGCUGGUUGGUCAAGAAACACGCCUGAAAUCAGGAGCUUUUUAAACGAAACAAGGUCUCUGAGGUGAUUUUAAUGACAUAUUGGAUACUGAGAGUGGUGGAUAUUCUGCUUCAUCAAUUCUUGGGAGGCCAAAGCAUACUUCUGGCCACCGUAGAAAUUACGGGGCCAUAUUGGAUCUUCAUACCAGCUUGGCAUUUGGGCCAGAUGCCAGAUGCUACGCUCACCCAGAGCUAGAGGGACAUAUCGAUGGAGACCAUCCUCUUCACCAGUCAGCUGUAAAAAUAAUUCCAAUCUCCAAUAAAAUAGCAGACUGCAAAAUCUAAGUUACCAAUCCAGUUCAUGGUAAGUACUGCAGGAGGUACUGAAAUCAGCAAUGCUGUGCUUCAAGCACAACCGCUGGCCUGACUGUCUAACCACAUUGCAGCAUUCUCAUUCUAAAUGGUCACACCAGCGAUUUCAGUGUUAAAAUUUGAUAUAAAGAAUCACAAAAUUCUGAAAGUCAAAAUAAGCAGAAGAUUUAUGUUUCUGUUUAUGGAUAAAUGUCACUGAAUAUUUGAAUAAUAAUGUAUGUGCUAGAAACUGUUACCAAAACUAUGAUGUGGAAUUUAAAUGUAAAUAGUUAAAUAGCAGACUCUCCUUAUCAGUCAUUUCGGUGGUAAACUAUUUUCUGUGCGACAACUGAACUUUUUAAAAGCUGUGAAGCAAACAAAUAUGGGUAGAUGUUUGCUACACCUGUCAUUUACCGAUUUUGGUGAGACCACACCCAGAAUGUUGUGUAUUGUUUUGGUCUCCUUAUGAAAGGAGAGGUAUAUUUGCAUUAUUAAGACAUUUCAGAGAAAUUUCUCAAAGUUGAUUGCUGGAUGAAGAGAUACCCUAAUAAGGAAAAAGUUGAGCAGGUUGGACCUUUGAUAAGAAUGAAGUGAUCUUAUUGAGACAUCGAGGAUUCUGAGGGGAUUUGACAAGGAUACAUCCUGAAUCGCACAUGCGAUAUAGGGGAAUCUAUAACUAUGGAACAGAAUUUCAGUGUAAGGAAUCACCCAUUUAAGAAAGAAAUGAAGAAUUUCCUCUCUGUGGAUUGUGAUCUUUAGAAUUCUGUACACCAGAAGGGCAAGAUAGAGGAAGAGAGUCCCAGAUUAUGCGGAACAGGCAGAAAAGUGGAGUUGAGGCCAGGAUCAAAUCAGCCAAAUUGUAUUAAAUAGCAAGUCAGGUUCAAAGGGCCACAUGAUCUAUGCUAGAUGGCACUGUUGAGACAAAUGACUGUUUGCUGUUCCAGAUAAAAUCUGAAGUUUCUUUGGUGCAUUUCUGGUCAACAAAACUACAACGCUGCAUUCCAAAUGGUGAAAGGAAGGAAGGCCAAUGUUAAUUAACACAAUCAAAUUGUAUUAAUUUUUUUUUAUUUGGACAGUGAGGCAAAAAACGUGCAUUUCUGUGGCAUCUUUCAUAACCUUGAUAUCCCAAAACCAAUGAAAUACUGUAAUGAAAGGUGUCUCAUGAAUAUCCAUUUUAGAAUUUGGAGUUUCAAUCAUGGCAUUAUGGGGCUGGUUACUUUUCUUGGGGUUUUAAAAAAUUAAUGAGUUCAAACAUGCCUGUUCUGGUAUGUGUCAAAGAGUAAAGAUCCCUGGAGUGUUAAUGGAAGAUUGGUUUUACAGUGGUGCUUUAUGACAGGUGGGGCAAACUUUGAAGGCCAUUGUGUCUUUCCUUCAGCAUAAUUAAGGAUUGAUUUUAGCUUUGGAAACCCAGAGAUUGAAAACUUUUAUGGCCGUUUAGAGGAGACCUGACGGAGGUCCGAAGCAAACAUAAUUUAUGGUAUGCUCUUCCUGUCAGAUGUAGGAUAUAAAGAGCAGUCAAGUGUCCCUGGUGACUGCAGGAAGUGUGUCCAGCUGCAGCUCCUCUCAGACCCAAGGAUCGAUUGCACACACCGAGUUGCAUGCAGAGGAGAGUGUGAUAGACAGUAGCUUCAGGGCAGUGGUCACAUCGCAGAUUCAGUCAGGUAGAUGGGUGACCACCAGGAGACGUAGGUAGGUAGUCGAGGAGUCUCCUGUGGCUACCUCUCUCAUAAAUAAGUAUACUGUUUUGAAUAUUAUUGGUGGGGAGAUAGCCUCACAGAGGAGAAAGAGCAGCAGCAGGAGGCAGGUCUGUGGUACCACGACUGGCUGUUUAUCUGGUUGUUUUACUAACUGGAGGUCUGUGACCACUGGUGUGCCGUAAGGAUCAGUGCUGGAUCCACUGUUGUUUGUCCUUUAUAUAAACAAUUUGGAUGAAGAUACAGGAGGU